AUGGUUUCCGAUGAAGAUAGUGGAUAUGAAUCCGAAAAGCCCACUACCGGUGGUGCACAGUCUAACGUGAAUGGCGCUACGUGUCGUAUUUGUAUGUUGGAAGGGAGCGAAGAAAACCCACUAUUCCAUCCAUGUAAAUGUAAGGGAUCAAUCAAAUAUAUCCACCAACCGUGCUUGAUCGAGUGGCUUGAAUCCAAAAAUGUUGAUAUCAAAAAGCCUGGGGCUAAUACUGUUUGUUCCAUCUGCAACCACCCGAUAGAAUUUCAAACAUUGUACGAGAAAGACAUGCCUGAUAGGAUUCCGUUAAGCCUGUUGUUAAAACACAGCGUACUAGGAGCAGCAGAGGAAGUUAAUUAUUACUUCAAAUUUACACUGAUCGGUAUCAUAUUCCUUAUAGGAAUACCGCUUUCGUGGAAUGUUUGGGGUAAGCUCUAUACGGCAGCGGUGGACGAUUUCUCCUUCCCGUCGGAUAACAAGUGGUACAUAAAUAUUAUUUUCGGGUUUGAGAAGAGUAUACCGGAACAUCCAAGUACCUCGGACAUCAUAUAUCAACUUUUGAAUAACUAUAGAUUUUCUGUCAUUCAGAUGGCUGUUAUCCUUGUGGUACACGCAAUAGCGUAUCUACAAUAUGACAUGGUAGUUAGAGAACCUAUUUUCAACAAGAUGAUUAUUCACAAGAUUGGACCAAAGUGGACAAAACAAGAUCUUGCCAUUCAAACUCUCAGAGAUUUCCCAAACAUUGACCCAAGGGAUCUUAAUCGGCUAAUAAAUACCCUCGACAGACAUAACCAAGAGGAAUCAAACGAUGAAAACAGCAGUAGUGAUGAGGACGAAGAACAACAGCAACAACAGCAACAACAGCAACAACUUCACCAAAAUGAAGCUGCAGUUGACUCUGAUGUUGCUAGCUUCGAUUCUGAGUAG